CCAACUGCUGCGGUCCAGCGGAGAGGCGACGCCCGAUUUUCGCACCCCAGACAUUGUCGAGAUUUUGCGAGUGCAAUCCAAUCAUAGGUUCACGAAAUUAAAAAAAGAAUAUUAUUUACAUAUAUACUACUUUAAAUACAAAUAUUAUGUUCGAUUCUGUGACCCCACGCGAGUGUUGAUUUAUUUUUUGAGUGUUUAGUGCGGGAAUAGAGCACUUUUGUUGCUUUAUUUUGCUGGAGUUCGAAGUGUGUGUGCAAAUUCCGAAACAGAAAGUGCAGCUCAAAUAAAAAACACGUGCCAGUUUCUCGGUGACCAAGUCAAAGACUCCGAGGUAAUAGAACAAACGAUCCACAAUCACGAGUCAUUGUGUAAAGGCAGACUCUUCAGCGACUGUGAAGGAGAGUAAUUGAUAAUAUUGAAUUCUGGCAGGACAUCGCCAAGUGAAAUCCAUUAGUUAACUGGCAAUCACCUUUGAGUCGGAGAAAUAACUCGGUGGAUCCCACGUGACCGUUAAGAACCAUUUGUUAGGAUGUCAGCCCUAAUCUAAAACGAUAUGGAGACUGGUUGAAAGAGACGGGGAUACUGAAACAGAAAGAUACAGCAGCGCAGAAAACGACAGAAGAGCUACGGAAAGGGAAAAUGUGCAAGGGCAGCAGUUCGAAAUCGACAGCAGCGCUGGUAAACUUAUUAGCGAAAUGCGCGAAGGCUACAAAUGGUCAGGCAGCAGUCCUCGAAAAUGAAAAGGCAUCGGAAAAGUGGGGCAGUCUUGUGCCGCAAAAACAACGAGCUAAACGUCAAAACAACCAACACCCAAAGCUGCAGCAUCAACAUCAACAGCAGCGCCAGCAGCAGCAGCAACAUCAGGGGCAUAAUCAGCGCCAGCAACAAGGACGUCAAAUAGAGCAAAUGGCAAUGGUGACAAAUGAAGAGGCGGCGGCUGCCAAGAAGCACGAACAGAAGACCAAACCGACAGACUCCGAAUGCAAAGGCAAACACAAACACCGACGAAAUCGCAAUAAUGUUGCCGGCGUGCAGCAGCAUGUCCUGCGGUCGGAGCUGCUCCUGUUCGCCCUAUUCCCAGUUGUUCUGCUGUUGAUGCUGCUGCCGCCGGAUACCGCAGCCUCGAUAACACCUUCGGCCAGGAUCUCCAGUGCCAAAGGACCGGCACGUGAGCUCCUCUUCACGGAAAUGGGCGGAGGCGGAGGCGGAGGCGGAGGCGAAGGCUCCCCCAGCGGAGCUGCAGCUCCAGGGGACCGUGGUCUUGGUCUAGGACUCGAAGGCGGUGGCGGUGGCCCUGGCGGAGGAGCGGCUGGGAUCGAGUGUCCCAGCUUCGACAACACCGCCUGUCCCUGCUACAAGUUUGAGGAUGGACUAUUCCUUGAGUGCCCCGGCACGACGGCGGUAUCGCUGCGCUCGACCCUUGAGCGAAUAUCGGCUCCGAUCCACUCGCUGUCCAUCUACGACUUCGACCGCUCAGUGACGUCACUCUCGCAGGAUGUCUUCCUUCCCGGCGUCCAUAUUCGGCACCUGCAGUUCUCCCACUCGCACCUGGAGGCCCUCAAGGACAACAGUCUGCGCAACGUUCGCUCGAGCCUGGAGUCACUAAGCAUUGUUAAUGGAAAGUUAACACAGAUGCCAUCCCGCGCUUUGAGCUCGAUGCAGAAGUUGACGGCUCUUGAUUUUGACUACAACGAGAUCGUACGAGUCGAGGACUACAGCUUUUAUGGUCUGCGGCUCUCUAAACUAAACCUCAAGGGAAACAAGCUGCAGGGAAUGCCAGAGCACGCGUUCGCUGGACUGGAAGAGUGCAUGCAGGAGAUAGACGUCUCGGAGAACGGACUGCGCACCUUUCCGUUGAUGGCUCUCCGGAAGUUAGACCACUUACGCAUUUUGCGGCUCUCAAACAACCGGAUACCCACCUUCUACGGGGACAUUCAGUUGGCCACUAAUAAUGCCUCGGCGGCGUCGGCUGCCGCAGGUGCGUUUCAGCUGCCAUCCUUGAUUUUCCUUGACUUGAGCUCCAAUUUGUUUGCCGAAAUCGGAGAUGACUGCUUCAGGGCCUUUCCCCAGCUGAAAACCCUAUCCUUUUACGCCAACCAAAUAGAGUUGGUCCAACCGGAGGCUUUCAAGAGCCUUCGAGAGCUAAUGUCGCUGGACAUGUCCCACAACAGGAUUAUAUCACUCGAUCCCAAAGUUUUCGAGAGGAAUACGAGACUGCAAACAGUGGAUCUCAGCCACAAUCAUAUACACGCUAUUGGAGGGGUGUUUUCGGACUUACCCCAGUUGAGGGAGGUCUUUCUAAGUGAAAACAAUAUACUGGAGCUGCCGGCAGAUGCCUUUACAAACUCCACAAAUGUCGAUGUCAUUUACCUGGAGUCCAAUGCCAUUGGUCACAUAGACCCCAACGUCUUCAGCACUUUGGUUAAUCUAGAUCAUCUGUAUUUAAGGUCAAACUUUAUACCUCUCCUACCCGUUACUCUGUUCGACAAGAGCACUAAGCUCACAUCCUUAUCCCUGGAUAAUAAUGAAAUCCAGGAUCUGGAGAUAGGCAUGUUCAGGAAGUUGGAACACUUGCGGGAGGUGAGGCUGCACAACAAUCGCAUUCGUCGGGUGAGGAAGGGCGUGUUUGAACCUCUCCCUGCCCUUCAGGAACUGCACAUUCAAAAGAACAGCAUUGAAGAUAUAGAGCCGCAGGCUUUUCACACUCUGAAAAAUAUGCAGCAUAUUAAUCUGCAGGAUAAUCAACUAACUGUGCUGGAAGAUAUAUUUUCAGACGAUAACUCUUCCCUUCUCUCCGUGCAGCUGGAGGCCAAUUACCUACAUAAAGUUCAUCCCCACACAUUUAGUCGCCAGCAUAAAGUGCAAAUCAUGUGGCUAAAAGACAAUCAAUUGGCCCGAGUGGAAAGAUCCCUCUUUGCCGAUACUCCCCAAUUGGGCAGGCUGUAUCUGAGCGACAACAGAAUCAAAGAUAUAGAAAAAGAUACUUUUGCAAACCUGUUACUGUUGCAAUUCCUCGAUUUGAGUGGUAACCAAUUGAAGCAACUUAGAAGGGAUUUUUUCGCCCCCCUCCAGAGCCUUGAGGAACUAAGUCUAGCCGGAAAUCAAAUAGAGGCCAUUGAGGGGUAUGCCUUUGCCAAGCUGAAGAAUCUCAAAUUCUUGGACCUGUCUCACAAUCCGUUGGUGCAACUAACUCGCGAUGUUUUCCUGGAUGAAUUACCCUUGAAUUCUCUUAGUUUGGCCAAUUGCUCCCUGCGAAAACUAGAGCAACAUUCCUUUAAAUCACUUUCCAAUCUCAACGAAUUGAAUCUGGAAAGAAAUCAACUGAAUCCAGUGGAUAUUCAAAAGCUAGAUAUACCAAAUCUUAGGAGACUGCUGUUAAACCAUAACAACUUCAGUCACUUUGGAUCUGGUGGAAUAAUGGCGGGAAUGUUUGACAGACUGCGAUCCUUGCAGCACCUGUCAAUGUCAAAUUGUAGUUUGGGACAGAUACCUGAUUUACUAUUGGCCAAGAACACGAAUUUGGUAAGACUUGACCUGUGUGACAACAGACUCUCGCAGAUGAAUCGCAAUAUUUUUAGUGGUCUCAAUGUGUUUAAGGAAUUGAAGCUAUGUAAAAAUCAACUCUCCGAAUUCCCGCACAUUGCUCUAUAUAAUUUAAGUACCCUUGAAAGUCUGGACUUGGCCCGAAACCAGUUGGCCUCGAUAGAUUUCUUCAAGCUAAGUGGUACCCUCAAUCUCAGGCAACUUGUCCUGACGGAUAAUAAGAUCACCGCCUUAAGCGGCUUCAAUGCCGUUAACCUAACCCAAUUGGACAGUGUGGACUUAAGUGGUAACCUGCUGCUCUCUUUGCCAGCAAAUUUCCUGCGCCACUCGAUCAAUUUGCAAAAGGUGGACUUGUCCAGCAACCGAUUCUUGCAAAUACCCUCUUCAGCUUUGUCGGACGUUUCUAUACCACGGUUAUCUUGGUUAAACUUGACCGGCAAUCCUAUCAAUCGGAUUUACACUGUAAAAGAGGAGAGGUAUCCAUACCUCAAGGAGCUUUACAUCUGCCUAACGAACCUUUCCAUACUUACAUCUAAGGAUUUUGAGGCCUUUCAAGCUUUACAGCACCUUCAUUUGGUCAAUAAUAGAAUUACUAGAAUUUCCCCGGGUGCCUUUAAGACCCUCACCAACCUUCUUACCCUGGACCUAAGUAUUAAUGAGUUGGAAAUGCUGCCUAAAGAGCGAUUGCAAGGUCUUCGACUGCUACGUUUCCUCAACAUCUCGCAUAAUACCCUCAAGGAUCUUGAGGAAUUUAGUGUCGAUCUCUCGGAGAUGCAAACUCUGGACCUGAGCUUCAACCAGCUAGAUCGUAUUUCCAAGAAGACCUUUAGGAAUCUCCAUGGGCUGUUGGAACUUCUGCUCAUGGGUAAUCGGAUGACGGUUCUAUCGAACGAUGCCUUUCGAUUUUUAAGGAAACUGCAUGUGUUGGAUCUGCGCAAAAAUUACUUUGAGCUGGUACCAUUAGAUCCACUUAAACCACUGGAAACCAACCUAAGAACACUUAAACUAGAGGAGAAUCCACUGCAUUGCAGCUGCGACGCCCAGAAGCUGUGGGAAUGGCUGCGGGAUCAUCGCAAAUGGUCUCUUUCAACGGGCUCCGGCGCAGGAGGAGGAAUCGGUGCACUGAGUGGCACGCUGGGCGGCGAUUCCAUUAAUUACCUAAGGUGCGAACACCCAACAGACCUGCGGGGCAAAGUGUUCGGACGGAUGGAGCCGCAGCAGUUCUGCGACGCCCCGCUGAUACCCAAAAUGGCCAUCCAAGACAUCCAGCCCUACUCGGUGGUUGUGUCCUGGCAGAGUCGUGACCAUUUGGGCCUCAAUGGCUUCGAAAUUGUUUACCACGCCACCGGCGACGGCAUGGUUCCAGACCGUGAGCGGAACAGUCACAGGGACAGGGAAAGGGGUCACGAAUCCGACAAGCAGAGGAACCGGGAACGAGAACGCGAGGGAGAGCGGUUUCCGGUCGCCACGGAUGAGAUCCACGGCAAGCGGCUAAAUGGAACGGCCAGCUCGACCAAGUUAACCAAGCUAAGUCCGAAUACGCGCUAUCACAUCUGCGUCAUCGGCAGCGGUAAUUGGCUUUCGGAGCCACUGGCGAACGCUCUGCAGCGACUCCAUGCAAACGACUCCCUGCGCGAGGAGGAGGCAGUGAUGAUGACGGCACCCUUACCAGAGUCCUUUUCGCCAUAUCAGCACCAGCAUCAGCGCAACCGAAGCCCUCACACCAAUGGAGCCAUGAUUCAGGACCAGAACCAGAAUCAGGACCAGGACCUGGACAACGCGAUCAUCCUAGACCACGCCCUGAUGGAGGUGCUCAAGAACUCGCAUAUCUCUGCCUGCACGGAUGUGCAGACACUGGACUCCACGCCCAGCUUGGUCACCGACGAAAACGGACUUUCCAGCAAUGGCUUUAUACACUCCAUUCUGACCAGAAGAUUAGGUCUCAUUGUGGGCUGCUGUUUGGGUAUAAUAGUGUUCAUUGUUAUGAUAUCGGUUUUGAGCUACGUCAAGCUAAAGAAGCAGCGCAUCGAGAACGCCAAGCGGCAGGCCGCCCUGCCGCCGGAGUACAUAUCCUACAGGCACUUCUCUAUUCCCAAUGAGGAGCUGACCAGGACUGCCGCCAACGCGGGAGCUGCAGCGGCUGCGGCGGCCGCGGCGGUUGCUGCGAAAAAUUCAAGUAGCUCGGCCGACGCUGGCAGCUCGCCGCACAUGACUAGUGUGCCCAGCGGCAUUAGUGCGCACAUUAGUGGAACCAGCCUAAGCACAGGUGGCACGGGCACCGGCACCACCACCACAACGGCCACCACGCCCGUAGGUGGCGUGCCUAUAAUGGGCGUGCAGCUGGGCAAAGCGGGCAGUCCCCUUGUAGGCGUGGGCUUGGUAGUGGCCGACUCCCCCGUGGACGGCGUCCACGCCCACAACCACGCCCAUGUCCAUGCCCACCGGCAGAACAACGGUUACAUGGCUGCGGGGAUUGUGCUCAAUACAAACCACCUGAGCGUGUGUUAGUCGCCAAAAGGAUCAAGGUACCGGGUUAGAGGGUGUUGAAAUUCUGCAAAAUAUUUUGGUAGUCCAGUAAAACAUACAUUUCAAUAAUUUCCGCAUUCAGCCUCGCCGCUUAUCUAAUUUUAAAAAUAAGUUCAUAUUUUAAUCAUAGUUGGUGGUCAGCAUCUAUGGUAAUAUAAUACAUUAUUCUUGUAAUACGUAAUAAUUUCAGUUAAAAAGACCCAGGAAUACACAUAUUUUGAUGCCGAGCAAAAAAUCACUUAUUUAAAAUGUAUUAAUCUGCAAGAGUGAAGUGUAUGUUUUAUUGUUAUUAGUAUUUUAUUUCAAUCAGCUGACAUGAAUACAAUUUGUGGUGCCAUUUUUUGAAACUUAUAAAAUAAAAUUGAACUACGUUAAGCACUUAAUCGGAAAUCAUUAUUGAAAAUGUAUUUGCCUUUCCCAACUACGGUGCUUUUGUCAAAAAAUAAUUGCUAACUCUUUCGAGAACAAAUUUGUUUUAAAAGGAUGUACCGCAUGCUUAGGUUCUAUUUUGGCAUUUAACAAUAAAAUCCGUAUAAAAAAUUAAAUGGGUGGCGAUUUAUUGAAACUCAAGUAAAUUAAGUGCAUUCAUUCACUUCAGCACCCCCUUCAAAUCUAAUCCGCAAUCCAAAAAAAGAAAAGAAACAUGCAAAAUAUCUCAUAUUUCAUACUUCAAAAGGUGUCAAAAAAUGUUACCAAUCAGAGCGAAUGCAAAAGCAUUUUUAGUGUUAUGCAAUGCCCAAAAUGCAUUUAAUUUACGAUAAAAAACGAAAAUCCGAAAAAUAACGAUACAAAUAAAAAGAGAAAAUCUAGGUUAGUGAUAAUCACGAUGAUGCGAUGCGUUCAACGUUCGUUUAGUUAUGACAAUUGAAGUAGAACUCUAUGCAAAAAUCGGACGGCAUCGCGAAAUUUUCAAUGUAAAUAAAGUGGAAUCAAAGCGAAAUCUCAGCCGUAAAUGUUGCAUCUAAAUCAAAUUAAGCUCCAUAUGAAGCUAUAUUUAAGAACUACACAUACAUGGCCAUAUAUAUAAAUAAAUAUAUAUACCUAAAAUGGGAAGCACACACAUAGACAAUUUUUUUUGCGCUAGACCUAGGAAUAGAUAAGGUAUGAGUGGAUUUAUUUUUUUUUUUUAGACCGAACGCAAAGAAAUCAAGAAUAAACUAGUUAUGUAACGCUAUAUGAAAGCGGCGAAAUAUGUAACCAAAAUUUACUAACUAUUAUAUAAAGAUAAACAAUAAAAGAGACUAGUUUAAGUGCAGACCCCCGAAGAAUGCAUAAUUGUUAGAAGAACUCAAAGAGUUUCAUAUACAUAUAUUAUAGAAGCAUUUUUUUCUCAUAGUUAACUAUAUCGUUUUUCUAUUUUUCGAUUUGAAAACAAAUUAAGCUUUAUUGGAGGAAUGGAAAUACACGUAUUAAUUUAGUUUCACAAAUAUGCAUUACGAAAAAAUAAUAUAAUGGCUAAGAAAUUUCUAGAAAACUAAGCGAACGAUUUAAAUGAAACCAAAUCAAAACCCCUCACAAACAACAACACAUUCACACAUAAGAACUCUCAGCCAAGGCGACGAGUUUUUAGAAGAUUUCUAACCUUCCCGCCCCUUGUUUUUCCUGCGUACGUCACUGUGUUUCAGUGCUUCUCACAUAUUUUAAUAUUGUUAUUUGCAAAACACAACAACUAUAGUAUGCAUGCAGGCAAACUUAAGAAAGAAACAAUACCAAUGGCCAGAGGAAUAAGAACGGAUAAUGCAAAUCAAAAUCAAAAAUCUAACUUAAGACGACAUGAAAUAAACAAAAAACAAGGCAAAGAAAAGUCAGUAUAAAAUUAAACAAAGCUUUGUUAUGCUAUACAAAAAAGGUAACAAAUAAUGAUGGAUGCGCUGCCAUGCCAAAACACUUUUCUUUAAUUCUAGUUAAAUUGUAGGGCAUAAAGAGCAAAACACAAAAUACACAUACCUACACAACGCAGAGGUAAAAAUUGAACAAACAUACAAGAAAUGUAAUAAAUUUAAACCAAAAUAUUGUAUGACAAGCAACACAAAGUAAAAUAUUAAUAAAUGAAG